UUCGCCUCUGCUCGCUCCGGCGCACAUCCCGUCCCCGACCCGGGGCCGUCCCCCGCCGGCCUGCCGGCCUCCUGGACCAGAGCCCGCCGACGUCUCCACCCGUGCGAUGUCUCCUCUCCAGAAAGUUGCGGCUGCCUCCUGCUCCUCCUCCUCCUCCACCUCCUCCUCCUCCUCCUCUUCCUCCUCCUCCUCCGGCCGUUGAAACAAAGUCAGGCUGAGCCGCCUCCCGUUCAGGAGCGCGCCGGUGCUCGGCGGCUGCACUCCAUCUCCCCCGGGAGCCCCACUCGUCCCGCCAUGGCGGAGGGCGCGGCUGGCAGGGACAGUCCGGCGCCGCCCGACUCGGCGGCGGCCGAAGACGACCCCCGGGUGGACCCCCACGCCGGCUCUGCGGACGGCUUGGCGGUGGGCGCCGCGGGCCGGGGCCGGGACCUCCGGAGCGGGGUCGCCCUGCUGAGCGCCGCUGGGGCCCCGGCGGACGGCGAGGCCAGCCUGCUGGAGGCCGUGCGGGCGACCCCCCGGCGCAGCAGCAUCAUUAAGGACCCUGCAAACCAGAAGGGCGGCGGGCGAAAGAAAACGGUGUCCUUUAGCAGCAUGCCGUCGGAGAAGAAGAUCAGCAGCACCAGCGACUGCAUCAGCUUCAUGCAAGCUGGCUGCGAGCUGAAGAAAGUCCGGCCCAAUUCUCGCAUCUAUAACCGUUUUUUCACGCUGGACACGGACCUCCAAGCCCUUCGCUGGGAACCUUCCAAGAAAGACCUGGAGAAAGCUAAGCUGGACAUUACGUCCAUCAAAGAGAUCAGACUGGGGAAGAACACGGAGACCUUCCGAAACAAUGGCCUCGCUGACCAGAUUGGGGAGGACUCUGCCUUCUCCAUUCUUCACGGGGAAAACUACGAGUCUCUGGACCUGGUUGCCAAUUCAGCGGAUGUAGCCAACAUCUGGGUGUCGGGGUUACGCUACCUGGUGUCGCGAAGCAAGCAGCCCCUGGAUUUGAUGGAGGACAACCAGAACAUGCCGAGGUUCCUGUGGCUGAAAACAGUGUUUGCAGCAGCCGAUGUCGACGGCAACGGGAUCAUGUUGGAAGACACCUCUGUGGAGUUAAUAAAACGACUCAAUCCGACCCUGAAGGAAUCCAAGAUCAGGUUAAAGUUUAAAGAAAUCCAGAAAACCAAAGAGAAACUAACUACCCGAGUGACCGAAGAAGAAUUCUGUGAAGCUUUUUGUGAACUUUGCACCAGGCCAGAAGUGUAUUUCUUACUCGUACAGAUCUCGAAAAACAAAGAGUAUUUGGACGCCAAUGAUCUGAUGCUCUUUCUAGGGGCUGAGCAAGGAGUCACCCACAUCACUGAGGACACGUGCUUGGACAUUAUUCGGAGAUACGAACUUUCCGAAGAGGGGCGUCAAAAGGGAUUUCUGGCCAUUGACGGCUUUACUCAGUAUUUGUUGUCAGCAGAAUGUGACAUUUUUGAUCCCGAGCAAAAGAAGGUUGCCCAAGAUAUGACUCAGCCAUUAUCUCACUACUACAUCAGUGCCUCUCACAACACCUAUCUGAUUGAAGACCAGUUCAGGGGGCCAGCAGAUCUGAAUGGGUAUGUCAGAGCCUUGAAAUUGGGCUGCCGAAGCAUCGAACUUGACGUGAGUGAUGGUCCAGACAACGAGCCCGUCCUUUGUAAUCGAAACAACAUGACAACCCACAUUUCCUUCGCGAGUGUCAUCGAGGCGAUCCAUCAGUUCGCCUUCGUUGCUUCGGACUACCCGCUCAUCCUCUGCUUGGGGAACCACUGCUCGCUGCCGCAGCAGAAGGUCAUGGCUCAGCAGCUGAGAAAGAUCUUGGGCAACAAACUCUACACAGAAGCCCCAUCGCCGUCAGAAUCCUACCUCCCGUCCCCCGAAAAACUCAAAAGAAGGAUCAUCGUGAAAGGAAAGAAACUGCCCUCGGAUUCGGAUGUUUUAGAGGGAGAAGUCACAGAUGAAGACGAGGAAGCGGAGAUGUCUCGGAGGAUGUCCGUGGAUCAGAAUGAGGAGCAGAAACAUAUAUGGCUCUGUAAGGAGCUGUCUGACUUGGUGUCGAUUUGUAAGUCUGUUCAGCACCGGGAUUUUCAACUGUCUAUGAAGAGCCAAAACUAUUGGGAAAUGUGCUCCUUUAGUGAAACGGAGGCCAGCCGACUUGCCAACGAAUAUCCGGAGGACUUUGUAAAUUAUAACAAAAAGUUCUUAUCCAGGAUCUAUCCAAGUGCCAUGAGAAUCGACUCCAGCAACUUGGAUCCGCAGGACUUUUGGAAUUGUGGCUGUCAGAUGGUGGCGAUGAAUUUUCAGACGCCGGGUCCCAUGAUGGAUUUGCACACAGGCUGGUUCCUUCAGAACGGAGGGUGUGGGUAUGUUCUAAGGCCCUCUGUCAUGCGAGAUGAAGUUUCCUACUUCAGCGCCAACACCAAGGGCAUCGUCCCGGGGGUGUCUCCUCUCACCCUCCACAUCAAGAUCAUCAGUGGUCAGAACUUCCCGAAGCCCAAGGGAGCGUGCGCCAAAGGGGACGUGAUAGACCCCUAUGUUUGCAUCGAGAUUCAUGGAAUUCCUGCAGACUGUUCGGAGCAAAGAACUAGAACGGUCCAACAAAACAGCGACAACCCCAUCUUUGAUGAAACGUUUGAGUUUCAAGUCAACCUGCCCGAGCUGGCCAUGGUCCGUUUUGUUGUUCUAGAUGACGACUACAUUGGGGAUGAGUUCAUAGGACAGUACACGAUACCCUUUGAGUGUCUGCAGCCUGGGUACAGGCACGUCCCCCUGCGCUCUUUCGUCAGCGACGUCAUGGAGCACGUCACCCUCUUUGUACACAUAGCAAUAACGAAUCGCAGCGGAGGAGGAGGAGGCGGGAAGGCCCAGAAGCGCAGCCUUUCCGUGAGAAUGGGGAAGAAAGUUCGGGAAUACACCAUGCUCAGGAAUGUCGGCCUUAAAACCAUAGAUGACGUCUUUAAAAUAGCAGUUCACCCCUUGCGAGAAGCUAUAGAUAUGAGGGAAAAUAUGCAGAAUGCGAUCGUGUCUGUGAAGGAGCUGUGUGGACUCCCUCCGAUUGCCAGUCUGAAGCAGUGCCUGUUGACCCUGUCCUCUCGGCUCAUUGCCGGUGACGAUACUCCUUCAGUCUCUCUCGUGAUGAAAGACAAUUUUCCUUACCUGGAGCCACUGGGGGUGAUUCCAGAUGUGCAGAAAAAGAUGCUAGCUGCGUAUGACCUGAUGAUUCAAGAGAACCGGCUUCUUAUAGAAAUGGCAGACACAGUCCAUGAAAAGAUUGUACAAUGUCAGAAAACAGCAAUGGAAUUUCAUGAGGAACUUCAUAACCUGGGAUCAAAGGAAGGCUUGAAAGGAAGAAAACUCAACAAAGCCACCGAGAGUUUUGCUUGGAACAUUACAGUAUUGAAGGGCCAAGGAGAUCUGUUGAAGAAUGCCAAGAACGAAGCUUUAGAAAACAUGAAGCAGAUUCAACUGGCGUGCUUGUCCUGUGGACUGAGUAAAGGCCCGGGCAGCAGCGUCGAUGCCAAGGGCAAGCGCAGCCUGGAGGCCAUCGAGGAGAAGGAGAGUGGGGAGGAGAAGGGGAAGCCGUGAGCACGCUCACCUCCUCUCUGCCAUGGACUCGGCUUUCUCUUUCUGAUUUUCCUUCCAGUUUUUAGAAAGUCACCGAAGUAUGCCCUCCGUGAGGUGUUGGCCAUACUCAGAUAUUUUCACGAUGUCAGUAUUUUAAUGCAGUUAAUUUAUCUAAGUUAAAACUUCAGUAGCAGUGUUUCAAAAUCUGAGAUGUGUGGACACAGCCACGUGUGGAUGUGUGUGGAAGUGUGUAUGCGUAUGUGAAAUCCGUAAAAUCUAUUCUGUUGUAUUAUUCAUGUAGUAAGUUAUUCCUUUAAUAUUUGGGGACAAAAUCGUUCACUUGAAAUCCUAAAGAGCACUUACUGUCACCUGUUGGUGUGUUUAGAGUCUCUCCUCUGUCCUUGUUAUUUAAGUUAGAGAUCUUAACAUAAGUUACUAUGGAAGGAAAUCCAACUUACCAAUGCCUAGAUAUUCUGAUAGAUGAAAAUAUAGGUUAGAACAAUUCCAAAGAAUCACAGUAGAGAAGAAAGGGAAUGGAAGGUAGACAAAUGAUCAGAAUUGUUGGGAAGGUCCGCAGUCAUUUCUUCAGGUAAUGAACUAUUUAAAAUAUUGAUGAAAUAAUACCAAUUUUGAGGAGAGAAAUUUUCUGGUGCAAUUUACUAACAGAUCAUUUUGGUGGGAAAGUUGUUUCAUAACCACUUAGAUGGUCCUCUGGAGCAGUGUAAUUGGGAUCACCACAUGACAGUAACAUUCAGUAAUGAAUUUCAAGGUUAAGACUUGUAGGAUGCCGUCAUUCUAUCAAACUGGGAGUCUAGCAUUCAUUUUCGGAUAAUAGGCAUGGGUGUCUAAAAAGUCUUGACAUUGAUGACAUUUAAUUUAGCGUACUCAAUUUACAUUUACAGACACAGUUCAAACAAUAUCAUCAUUUUUUUGUUAGGUGCCAUUGAGCCAUCGGGUUUAGCAGAUAUAAAUUCUGUAUGUCAGAUAAUAUUUUUGCGAUGACUUAAGAGUCAUCUUACUAUGGACCAUCUGCCAUACAAUUUUAACAGACAAACACACAAAAAAGAAAGAAAAAACCUGAUGCGUUAGAGUACAUUUAUAAUUGCAUCUAGAUGAUUUUCAGCCCAAUGUCCUUAUCAACUACUUCAUGUGAUAUGUUUGUUACCUUCAACAGAGCUAAAUGUCGUAUGGUUAUGAAAGAUUAUAUUUAUUUAAAGCAUUGCUUUUAUUUUGAAAAGCUUCUGAAUUGAUUUGAUUAACAAAUGUGCUAAUUUGGGUGAUUUAGGGAAGAUAGUCGUUGAGAAUUUGCAAAUGUAAAAUGUCUUCUAUAGCUACUGUGUUAAGUUAUUCUUGAUUUCUUCUUAACACUAUUCUGUUCAUGUUGCACAUUACUAAAAGAGUAAAGAUAUGAAACAGCA